UUUUGUUAAGUUGAAUGUGUUUGAUAUUUCUUGUGCACGAGACACAUGGCAAAUUUGUUAGUAGAAUGAUAGACGGUGUAGAAAUGAUUUUUAAAAAAUAUAAAUAGGCAUAAUCUCGAUUUACUGACGGUAAUCAAAAGUUUUAAAUUAAACUGUUAAUGUAUUUCGUAAUUAAAUGUUGCAGAAGCAGAAACAUAUUUUGUUAAGAAAUGUUGCUAUUAGGCCUAACUUAUUUCAGUUUCUACGCUUGACGACUCGUACUGGUAAUGGAACAACUCGUCGAUCUAUUACUGCAGUAUUUAAGCCUAAUACAAAUUUGAGCAGAUCUGAAUUUGUUUCGAGGGUGAUUGGUCGGUCCUGUUAUUAUUUUGAAAUUAAACAUUUUAAUAUUUCAUCAAUGGCUCAAAGUAAGUUUGAAUACGUCAGGAAAUUUGAAAGUGAUGACCGAUGUUUACCAAACUGCUGGAUGGUUGUUAGAUUAGAUGGAAAAGGCUUUCACAAGUUAUCCAGUGAACAUGACUAUGAUAAACCAAAUGACAGUCGUGCUUUGGCUUUAAUGACCAAAAGUGCUGUUCGUGUAAUGGAAGAAUUUAACGAAAUCUGCUUGGCAUAUGGUCAGAGUGAUGAAUAUAGUUUUGUUUUUAAGAAGGAUUCAGAACUCUACAAUCGAAGAAAAACCAAGAUAGAGACAAAUAUUUGUAGUUUGUUUUCCUCAUCUUUUGUAUAUUAUUGGAGUAAUUUUUUCCCACAGACAUAUUUGAAGUAUCCACCAUCAUUUGAUGGCCGUGUUGUGUUAUAUCCAACUAAUCAAAAUUUACGUGACUAUCUGAGUUGGCGACAGGCUGACUGUCACAUCAAUAACCUGUAUAAUACAGCAUUCUGGGCUUUAGUGCAACAAGGUGGUUAUUCCCCAAGUAAGGCUGAAGAGAGGUUGAGAGGGACUGUUGCUUCUGAUAAAAAUGAAAUUUUAUUUUCAGAAUUUGGUAUAAAUUACAAUAAUCUUCCAGAAUUGUAUCGUAAGGGUACCAUUCUGUUACGUAGAAAAGUAGAACAAGAACAUGAAAAAAAUGUUGUUGGCCAAAAUGGUAUGGUAGAGACACAAAGAUAUACCAAAAGAAGGAUGACAAUUCUUCCUUUAAAUGUGGACAUUAUUGGAGAUAAGUUCUGGGAAGAAAAUAAUGACAUAUUGGGGUCAUAUAUGUGACACACUGUUAUUUAGGAGAAAAGUAAGGUUUUAUAAUAAGCCCUAAAUAUUAAGAGUUAUCAAGCCUAAGUGAGAGCAUUGUUUUAUAUUAUUUAAUUCGUUUGUAGACAGAUGAAACUAUAUUUUUAAGUGAUUAAUCUGCAAAUGUAGGUUACAAUACCUAGUAAUCUUUUUAUGAGUUGACACUUUUAUUUUGUAUACAUUUCAAUUGAUGUUUUUAAUUAUUUUGUGUUACUUUGAAAAGGGUUGAUAACAAAAGCUAAUUACUUGUAUUUUUCUAGUUGCUUUAUUUAAAGGAGAAAAAUCCAGUAAUUUAAUUAUUACAGUGGAAUGUGACUACCUCCAAUAAAACUAUAGUGUUUCAACUUAACUUUAUACUAUUAAUAUUGUUCAGUGUACUCACAGAAUUUUCUGUGAAAUGGUGUAGAACCUUACGGAUUUAGCCAUUUAUUUAAUUGAAAGAAUUAACUUAGAGAAUAAAUUUGGUAUACUAAUACACAAAAAUAAGCAUGUGAUUUUUGUCCCAUAUAUCAAAUUCCUACUGAACAAAUCAACCAAGGAUUUGGUGUGUAUACAUACUGUUAAAGUAUACAGAAUUAAAAACACAUUGGGGUAUAGAUUUUGAAGUGUUGCCACAUAAAUAGUUUCACAAUUAAACUAUAAAAUCUUGCUUAAGGAUGUAGCAAAAUGUUUAAAUUAUACAUCUGGUGUUUUUUCACGAUGUCAGUAAAUAAUAUUUAUUAC